AGUGCGAUUUCGCGGUGUAAACAGGUGAUCACCAGUCGGAGUGGACUGUCGGUCUACCCAAACCGCUGGACGCACCAAGAACCGUUGCUCGCAGAAUGGUCCAGGGAGUACCAAACAAACAAGCGGAUAUCCACUCGAGUGGCCGGAACCGCUGGUGCCGAUUUGGAUAUUGCUGAGCGACCAACAUUUCGG